AUGAAUGCUCUUGAGAGAAUAUCCCAAAUAAUCAACAAGUUGCAUGAGGAGAAGGCCUCUGUUGGCGCAGAAAUAGAAGAGUAUUUGCACGCAGCAAGCGAACAGAUAAUCAAGGACGAGAAAACAAAAAAACUCAGCCAAUACCUAGUCAUUUCUGAGUACAUAGAGGCAGAAAUAACUACGCCCCCGCCUCCAUUCGAAAAACUAUCUGCACAAGAAAAGGCGCAGGUUGUGCAGCUACUAAAUAAAAGGCUUGCACAAGUAAAUAACACACAGGAGAAAACUCAGCUCAUUGCAAGCCUUGUUUUAGAGUAUAUUCAACAAAGCAUCCCUCCCACAAAGGUAGACUCGUUUAUAGUUCUGUUCCUGAAGAGAGUCAUUGAGCAAAUAAAAGCACAGGUCUCAACAAACAAAGAAUCAGCCCUGGGGUAUGCAUAUUUAAUCAUAUGGCUCUCCCAGAAAAUACCAAAUCUCCUAAGAAAGUACAAGUACACAAUGUUUACAAGCGCACUCCCGCUGGACUGUCUUCUAGGGAUGUACAGAGUGUACUUUACCAUACUUAAGCAGAUGGGUGAAAUGGAAGAUGCCUGGUCCUUCAUACACUCCCUUCUCAAGUACACAGAGGACAUAGGAAACACAUUCAAUCCAUGUGUUCUUGCAGUGUUCCUGGAUGUGCUGCAGGACCCAAUGAGAUGCACAUAUCGGGAAAAGUGGAUGGAAAUGGAGGCGUAUAUACAAAAUGUGUAUAUCCCUGCCGUAGACCCGUCCAGGUAUAAGACAGAGAUGCAGCAAAUAUCUGACUAUCUAAAGAAGAAGUAG